UUCGUCACUGAAACCAUACCAAACCUACUUCCCCUAAUUGCAAUUUGGAAACCCUAAAAACACACUCUCUCUGUGACCCAUAAUUAUUUAUGAAACUUAUUUUUUUUUUUUUUUUUGAUUAGGAGAUGCACCAUUGAUUCUAUAUAUCUAAUGGCGUCUGCAGCUACUAGUACAUUGGUUUCCUUGUUUUAGAUUUUUUUAAUGGGUUUUCUUGUUUUAGUUUACUGUAGUUUUUUGAAAAUAGAAAGUUUAGUUUAGAAUUUUGACCUGUGAUCAGAUCACAUAUAUGUUGUAACUGUCCAUUCUCCCAUAUUUCUUCUUACUGUUGAAUUGCUGCCUACAACUUUUAGGGAAUUAAGAAGAUUUUUUCUUAUAAAGUAGCAACUGGCAACCUCGGCAAAAUACCCGAUUGUUUAAAAACCCAUCAGAUGCACGAGCAUCACUGUUAGAUCAUCAAUCAACCAAUGGACAAAGAGAGACCCUAAAGUUGACGUGCAACUCUUAUGGCAAUGUAGGCUUUGCAGAUGGAUUGGAUGGCUACUAUUACUGCUAGAAUUGUGGGGAAGACAUCAUAGAAACUGGUGUGGUAGAUGAGGACUUCAUGGCUACAGGUGCUGGUACGGGUACUGCCCUUUACCAGACUAGGCACACACGCCAUGUUGCUAAAUCCGGACCAGCGAGCUAAUUUGUCCCCCUUUCACAACAGUCAACUCUCUGGUUCCCACUGUCUGAAGUACCAAAAUCCACCACAAAUGAAGAUUACCAUGCUCUUUGUCCUUAGAAAAUUUAUAAGGUUAAGAGAGAAGAGGUUUAUUUUGAGGAUGGUGUUGGACCCACGGAGCCUGAGGAUUUCGGUUUGGCUUCAAAUCUAGGAGAGAUUCAGGCAGGUUAGGAGGAUUAUCAUUUUGAGGUAAGGAUGAAGUAUGUCACGGGGGUGCAGUUGAUGAUUCGAUUAGAAUGUGAGGCUUUGGUGGAAAAGUUUAAUCUUUGCCCUUUAAUAUGGGCGGGUGGCUGGGUCAAUAUGGUUGAGAUUUCUUGCAUCAAUGGGAGUUCUCCAUGAAGACCGGGCUGAUAAAGCUAUUAAUGAAUCUGAGAGUCAAAAACACAGUAUAACAAAUUUUCACAGCUUCUUGAGAAUCAGAAGAUUUUAAACCUUGUGCUAAAUAUAGACAAGAGCCUCACAACUUAUAUGGUCAGAGAACAGUAAUGACAUGGUAUAGGUUGUUGAGACAGAAGAUACCAUUAUCUUGUUCUCUAGUCAUAGCAUUUUUAGCAUGUCAUGUUGCAAGGGAAGCAGUUUUGCCAACAGACAUAGUGAAUUGGUCAAUUGAAGGAAAACUUCCCAUAUUUUGCUGCUUUUGUUGAAAUUGAAAAGCCAUAUGGGCAGCCUUCAGUUGCCUGUUCUAUAAGUACUAGUCAUAUGUUCAGACCUGCUAAAGCUGUUCCUGUACAAAAGUUGUAAUCAUUGGCUGUAACCAUUGAUGAGUCUAUAGGUUUAAAUUUACCUCCAAUAAACUUCUGUGCCAUUACCUGUCGGUAUCUCAAAAAGUUAAAUCUCUUCCUAUGGAGAAGAUUCUUCCUUAUGCAUUCCGAAUACAAGAAUGGUCAAUGCCUCCAGAUUUGUGGUUAUCAACAAAUGAGCAAGGGAAAGGACCUGUCCGGUCGAAAUAUCUCCUGUUCAGCAUCUAUCCCUGGAGGAAAAUUGGAUCCUGAGUUUCAUUUCCAAAGGAGAGAUAUUGAAGAAGAUUCAGUUUCUCCAUCCAACACCUUUGAUGAUUCAGGUGCACAAUCAAAUAAGAGUCUAUCACAGUUUAAGGAACCUGGAUUGGACACUGAAGAGCUUCUCUAUAAUCUGGAAGCUAGAUAUGAUGAUAUCUUUGACAGCUAUGAGUAUUCCAAGGACUUACCAACAUAUCUGCAGUAUUGUAAGGAUAUCGUCUUUGAUGGACUAGAACCACCACAUGAUGAUCAUGAGGAAACAAGGAUGAUUGAGCUAUUUGGAAUUUUUAUCAGGUUGAAAAGGAAUCUGAGCCUGCAGAUGACAUUGGAAUGAGAUUUGAUGGUUUUAUUAACCAAAAGAGAUCAAGGGAUGAUGGAUCUCUUAAGACUCGCUUUAAAGAAAACAAAAGAACCAGAGACAAAGGGUGGUAUAAUGGUAUGCCAGAUGAUCAUUCUGGAACCUUUCUUGUGAGUUUUGUAGUGAUGUAGUAGAAGUUGCUGGAGGUGACCCCAUUGGUAAUAUAGCAGAUGUUCCAAUUAAAUUAUCAACUUUGAAUAUAUGAAAUGAGUAAAUUCUCUUUAUAGCAGAUGUUCCAAUUGUAAUAUAGCAGUUGUGUUGGGCGAUCUUCUGGAGGGAACAAGUUGUUAAAUUAAUGAUGGUUUAUGUAAUGUAAGAAAUUUCUCAUAUAUUAGAUCAAGAGCAAUGUUAUACAUACCUAUUUUGAUAAGAAAAAGGUCAUCCAUUUAUAC